AAAAUGACAACAAAAUAUCCAGAAAUAACUUAUUCAAUAGCAAAACAUAAGGAACUACCAUUUGGUAAAGAAAUUGAAUCUUCAGAAUCUUCACCUUUAUACAAUUUAUUUCACAAUUAA